AUGCCUACCCAUAAACGGGAUUUUGACUCGAGCCUGCAUGUUGCUGAUCUUGCCGCCGAGUCAAUACUCUUUCUCUCCCACUGGACCUCCUCUUUUCUCAGCAUUUUCCACCUCUGGUCCUCCGUCCCCGCAUUCCAGAGGUCAUUGCUGGAAGCGACGACCAACCUCAGUUUUGGAACCAGAAAGCCGAAUGACCUCAUCGGCCUCAUCGUUUUUAUUCGCCAUCCCUCCUCAACAGGAAGUCAACACCAGCCCAUCAACGUCAUCGUCCCACGAACACCAUCCGUCUCCAAGAUGUCUUCGUCUACUGAGCAAUCUCUCACCCUCCCACCGGAGGCGCGACCACUAACGUUUAUCGACCUCCCCGAUGAUGUGAUGCGCAUGGUCGUGGACCAUCUGACAGACUCCGGGCUGAACCAUCUAGCUCGGACAUGCAAGGCGAGCUAUACCGUCUGCAACUGGGAGCUGUACAAGAGGGAUUCCCAGACCCUCGACCCGCAAGCCCGGUUAUGGGGUGUUUUUACCGGCCAAAUCCGCUCCAUGGAGUUCGCAAUCAACCAGUACAAUGCUGACAUUAACCAAGUCUUUAUCUGGCCUCCCAGGUCGAGCCUUUUUAAGGACAGAGUCAAAGAAUUUGCACUUGCCAACGCAGUGAACGUUACCACAACUUAUAUGAGCCGAGUGUCUUUCCGCGGCUCUGACGACACCGGGUUCAACAUAUUUGCCUACGAGCAGGGACCAUGCCCCCGACCUGAGAAAAGGGCUCCCUGGACGGCUUUGCAUUUUGCUGCCGUUCGUCUGCCCCAGAGACGGCUUCUUGUCCUCAAAGAUGACAACGAUCCGCUCCCGCGCCCUCCGCUCUUCACAGCGUUCAAGACAAAAAGUGAAGAUGUUGCCGAAGUUCUGCUGCGACAUAGUGCCUCGCCUCUGUGGGCUCCUCCCGGAACUGGUAAACAUGCAAAGGAGACAGCCUUGGUCAUAGCAGCUCAUCUUGGUAUGUGGAAGUUCCUGGAGCUUAUCGUUCGCGCGGGAGUGGAUGUCAACGCGGGUUGUCAUGUUAAUGACGUCCCCAACUGGUCAACGGACCCUGUUGGACAGCCCACCCUUCGAAGGCUGUGCUACCUUCCUGGUUCCAAUUCGCAUACGCGAAAGCCCAUAGAGAAGGCAAUCGCCGAGGUCGUCAGACUAGGCGCAAGGACAACCGUGCGAGACGUCCCAGGACGGCAAAACAUGGUUCACCUCAUACUUCAACUCAUCGCAGGCUACCGACAAGGCAGAAAGAUCAAGUCCGAUUGGCCCCUCGCGAGCAUUCUGCUGAGGGCAGGAGCCUGUGACGGAACGCUGGAGACCGUCGAGGUUCUGGCGGCAAUCCAGCUAGCCUUAUUUCCGAAGAAAUGUCCUUACAGCCCGAUCCUCGCCAGACACACUCAAUCCAAUCUCACGUUCAUGAACAAAAAAUGCCCACGCCACCGGCAUGUGAACACGACCGCCUUGGACAUCUGGCUUGGAUUGAUGCCGGACGACCACAAGACCAGAAUCGUCAAUGUUCGACGCCAGACCGCUCUGCACAUUGCCCUGAAUAUCGAGAGUUUUGACGAAAAGCUCUGGUACGUGGAGGGAAAGCCUACAAAGGACAUCGACCGGGCCUUUGAUCAACAAAACGAUGUCCUCUUCUACCUCCUACGGCGUUGUGCAUCUGAAGAGCUUCUGGCCGUGGAUAUUGAGAAUUGCACCCCAUUGCAGCUUCUUCUGGGCGCACUGUACUGGGACCAAGACAAAGAGUACUACAGAGCCAGCGCUGCGAAUCCUACUGGCCCUGGCAAGAAGGCCGGCCCUGUUAAAAAGCCUCCUAAACCCUUCGCCGACGACAUUUGGGCCAGGAAGUGUUUGGCUUUUGUCGAGAAGAUGCUGGCGGAGAUUCCUGAGAUGUCAGACUACAUCUAUUGGCGAGUUGUUGAGGAGCUUCACUGGCGUCGCUGGGAACUCUCCUGCGGGAAAGGCUUCAUCUAUCUGGCCAGAACGGGAGGUCGGCGCAAGGUGCCGCAUUAUUUCCCGGGUUUUGCACCUGAAGAUGGCAAGAUGAAGCGUCCAAUCCCGCAAAACCCUUCCGUGCUAUCUCCGCAAGCUGCUGCUACACCAGCAGCAAUGCACAUGCUUCUGAGGGAAUCAACGCAGCAGGGCCACCAUGCGCAGCAAGAAGCGUCCGCGCAGCAAGCAGAGCUGCCAGCCCAACCAGCCCAGCACACUCUUCCAAACGUGUCCGCGUCGGCGCCGCCGGCAAAGCGGACAACUAAGCCCUAG